AUGGGUGACGCAAUCAACGAAACGAGCGAGAACGUUCACGAGUUCACCCUCAAAGACAGCCCAGCCGAAAAUCAGCGGCGCCUACGGGUCGUUGUCAUUGGUGCUGGGUUCUCGGGUAUCUGCACUGCGAUUCGAAUCAGUCAGAGGCUGAGAAAUAUCGACCUUGCCGUCUACGAGGCGAACCCAGAACCAGCAGGAGUUUGGUGGUUGAACCGCUACCCCGGCCUUGCCUGUGAUAUUCCCUCAUACAGCUAUCAGUUUAGUUUCGCGCCAAACCCGUACUGGUCUUCGCUAUACGCACCGGGUCCAGAGAUCCGGGCCUACAUGCAAGAUGUUGCGGAGCGGUUCGGGGCUACGCGACACAUCAAGACGUCUCACAAGGUGACAUCCGGUACCUGGGAUGGUGAGAAAAAAUUAUGGAAACUCGUGGUACUCAAUUUGGAAACCGGCAAGACAUUCGAGGACACUGCAAACAUCCUUAUAUCUGCCAAAGGUGGCCUGAACCAGAUCUCCUGGCCCAAGAUCAAGGGUUUGAAGAGUUUUAGCGGAAAGCUCAUGCAUUCCGGUGCAUGGGAUGAGGACUUUGAUCUACGUAACAAACGCGUUGGUAUUAUCGGUAAUGGAUCUAGUGCGAUCCAGAUCGUUCCAGCCAUCCAGCCACUCGAAGGACUGAAACUAUCGUGCUUUGCGCGCUCUCCUACUUGGAUUGCCUCGUCUUUCGGUGACAGGGUGAUGGUAAAAUUGGGAAUGGACCCCAAAAACUCCAAAUGUACGGAGGAGCAAAUCGGUGCCAAGGCCGCCUUCGAAGCCGGGAUGCGCCAACGUCUCGAAGGCCGAGAGGAUCUCAUAGAGCCUAUGAUCCCUAAAUUCGCAGCUGGAUGCCGCCGUCUCACACCCGGACCGGGAUAUCUGGAGGCCUUGAAACAGGAAAAUGUGGCUUUCAUCACCACGCCGAUUCAAGAAGUCACACCCGAAGGCAUCAAACUCACUGCUGGAGAUGAAGUCAAACUAGACGUUCUGAUAUGCGCAACGGGCUACGAUCUCGAGGCACCUCCAACAUUCGAACUUGUGGGCCGCAACGGCACGACACUGGCAAACAAGUGGAAACCACAUUUUGAGUCGUAUAUUUCCAUGGCUGUUGAUGAAUUCCCGAAUUUCUUUAUUAUCGGGGGACCCAACAGCAGCCUUGGGUCUGGUAGCCUGACCAGCGUGUUCGAAGCGCAGGCCAACUACGCCGUCAAGGUGAUCCGCAAGAUGCAGAAAGAAGACUACAGCACCAUUGAACCCAAGAAGGAGAGGGUGAAUGACUUCAGCCAGUAUAUCGAUGAGUAUUUCAAGGGUACGGUGUAUACUGAUGAGUGCUCGUCAUGGUACCGGGCGGGUAAAUUGGGAACGCGCAUCGUCGCACUUUGGCCCGGCUCAUCAGCACAUUGCCUCGAGAUUUUGAGGUCGCCGCGUUGGGAAGACUUCAACUACGAGAGUGCUGACAAGACGGGUAACCACCUCCGCUGGAUGGGCAAUGGGUGGAGCAUGACCCUUACUGAGGGAGACCCUUCGUGGUUUCUGGAUGAGGAUGUUGUGGACGUGCCUGAUGAGGGGGAGCCGGAGAACAGCAAGUUCUAUAAGAACCGACCAUUCUCACAUUAA